UCAUAAUUAAUUAAAAUAUUUAAUUAUAAUAAAAAUAAAAAUGAUCAAAAUUUACUAUUAUUUAAUAUAAUAUGUAAAUACAGUUUAUGUUAUUUAAAAAUAAUAGUUUAUAAAUUACUCCAAAAAAAUUAUCUAUAGAUUUUAAAACUUAUAAUAAAAGUUAAUAUCUAAAUAGUAAUUAGUUUUACCUAUAAUUUUGAACUGAUUUAAUAUUAUGGAUGAUUUUUCAUUUUACAUACUCUACAGCCUAAAUAAUAAAGAUGUAGGAAUUUUUAAUAUAUAUAUAUAUAUAUGAUGUUUUAAAACAUAUAUAUAUAUAUAUAUAGUUUUUUGUAACUUUUGAUAAUAAAAAAAACUGCUGACAAAAGAAAACACUAAUUAUGACUGGCAAAAAUUAGUAUAAUUUUGAUGUAAUCUUUAAAUUUUAAAAAUAAAGUUACAUCAUGAUUUGUAAAGUUUGAUGAUUUAAAAAUAAAUAAAGCUAAAAGGUAAGAUAAAAGGCUGAUUUGAAAUUAUGUUAAAAAUGGAAGUAUAUACUAUAUAGUUUGAACAAAAUUAAAUGUAUAUAUAAACUAAACCAAAGAUUAAAAAAACAAAUAUAUAGUCAUAGAUGAUAAGGGUUUUAGCCAGAGCUCCUUUUUAUUGCUAAGAAAUUGUUUUAGCCAGAGCUCCUUUUUAAUAAUAAAAAGGCAUAAUAAAUGUUUAUUAUAUUUUUUUACCAAAAAAAUGUUUAUUAAAUUUAUUCAAAAGUUAACAAUAAUUAAUGUGAAUGAAUUGAUAAGCAUCUAAGUAAAAUGUAGCAAAUUAGCAAUUCACUCAAACAUUGAUUAUCUUUAUUCAAUAACUUAGCAUUUCACUAAAACACUAAUGAUCUUUAUUCAAUUUAGAACAAUGCACGUAACCCUCUCCAUGUACAUCUAUAUAAAAAGAAGAGAACCUUAGCCUUUGUCAUCGUCACUUAACAAUCUAAAUCACUUGUAAACGAGAAAGAAAAUAUGAAGCUUAUCUUCUCUGUCGCUCUCGGAGUCAUUGCAUCUUGUUGUGCGAGAGAGAUGCCGAAUAAGUUCCCCCAAUCUUGUUAUAAGACUCCUCUGCCGCCACCACUGAUGGAUGAAGCAAGAGAGCUGUCCACGGAAGAAAUUAUGUUCCCCCCAUCUUGCUAUAAGACUCCUCCACCGCCAUCACCGAUGGAUGAAGCAAGAGAGCUGUCCACGGAAGAAAUCAUGUUCCCCCCACCUUGUUAUAAGACUAUUCCACCGCCACCACCGGUGGAUGAAGCAAGAGAGCUGUCCACGGAAGAAAUCAUGUUCCCCCCACUUUGUUAUAAGACUCCUCCACCGCCACCACCGAUGGAUGAAGCAAGAGAGCUUUCCACAGAAGAAAUCAUGUUCCCCCCACCUUGUUAUAAGACUCCUACACCACCACCACCGAUGGAUGAAGCAAGAGAGAUCUCCACAGAAGAAAUCAUGUUCCCCCCAUAAGACUCCUCCACCGCCACCAACAAUGCAAGAAUACUGAUUCGUCAAAUACAUAAAUGUGAUUGACAAUUUGUCUUAAACUUUACCUAUAUAAUUUGAAAUAAAAAAUUUCAUGUGUCUUGUUCU